CCUGCAAAUGGUACGUUCCACCAUGGCGGCCAACAACAAUGGAGGAAGUCAAGGGUCCGCGAGUAAAGAGAACCCGCUGUCAAUCUCAUGGCACGACAGCGCGUGGAUCCCCAUGCUGAGCCCCGCCAACGUGCUGGACUACUUCUCCGAGCGCACAAAUCCGUUCUACGACAAGAGCUGCAACAACGAGAUCAUCAAGAUGCAGAGGCUCAGCCCUGAACAGUUAAAUAACAUGACAGGAGUGGAGUAUAUCUUACUACAUGCCCAGGAACCCAUCCUGUAUGUGGUCAGGAAACAGCACAGACACUCACAACAACAAGUCACCCCUCUAGCAGACUACUACAUCAUAGCAGGAGUGGUGUACCAGGCACCUGACUUGUACUCUGUGCUCAAUUCCAGACUGCUGACAUCCCUUCAUAACAUUCAGUCGGCCUUUGAUGAGGCCCUGUCCUACUCCAGAUAUCACCCAUCUAAGGGGUACUGGUGGGAAUUCAAAGACAAAGAAGACAAAAAGAGACAAGAUAAGUCCAAGUCACAGGGCAGUAAGAAGAAGCCAGAGGAGAUGAGUUCAGCGUUCCAGAGACAGAGAGUGGACAUGUUACUGGGGGAGCUGGCAGACAAGUUCCCACCCAAGUUUGCACAGCCGAAGAGAGGCGACCAGCCUGUCCCAGUUGAAGAAGACAGGAAACCAGGAGAGCAGGCGGCACAGGUGAAAGAAGAAAAGUCGGAGGACACUCCGAACCAGAACCACAGCAGCUCCGGGUCCCGGUCCAACCAGUCCAUGCAACCGCCUGAGAAGAGAAUGAAACUAUCAAAGCAGAGCUGAUGAUGUAGAUUUUAUAUACAUAUAUAACGUUACUAGUAUGUAAACAGAAUUUAUACACAGGCAAAUGCAUCUGUCCCUGGUGCUGAACCCCAUUCACACACAGGCAAACAUACCUGUCCUUGGUGCUGAACAUGAUAUGCACACACAUACACACAGAGGCCUGGCAAACACACAGGCAAACACACAUAUCCUUCAUGCUGUGAAUAUUAGUGGUCUUAGAUGUUGUCCUCAAGUACAUAUGAACUGACCUGAGAGUUCUGACUGUGAAGACUGUGUUUCUGUAUUAUUGAUUUUAAUAAAACUACUGAAAGAUGUCCGAUCCCCUGUUUCUGUUACAUCAGAUUAAAAUACACAUAGUUGUAUACUUCUGUUAUACAACAAAAAGUAUGCACCUCAGAAGUGUUAUUCAAAGAAAAUCAUUCAAGGAAAGGUUAUUCAAGGAAAAAAAGAGAGAAAUAAAAUCUCUUACUACAGGAUGCCAACAUUUAGACAGUCACCUGUAACGUUACUCGUGUAUAUAUUCAUGUGGCCCAAAGAGUGCUCACCACUACCCUGCAAAUACAAUAUAUUUGUUCUCUAUGUGCUUUACCACAUUUAUUGCAUUGAAGUAGACCACUUUCCAUACAACAAGAACAGGAGAUGACCAUAUAUGAAGUUGUAAUAAAACAAAUAUUUUGUGUGUA